UAAUUCUACUGUUUCUUAAACCAUGGAAGAAACCAGGAAAUUUAGACUAUUAUAGACUGAACUAUAGAACAAACGGAUGAAUCUUUUCAGUCUUUACAACUGUGUAAUGAAAUUUUAAACAAAUAGGACAAAAUUAGUAAAACAGGAAACAAAACUUUUUACCAUCAGUAACAGAAUUAAACAAAUAACUGUGAUCAGACCUAUUCUAUUCAAAAUUAUGAUUAAUGUUUAGAUGACGUAGAUUCAAUGAUCUGGAAAGGAGGCAAAAAUAUUAAGCAUGUUGAUGCUUAAUCUAAGAAAUAAAAAAAAAUGUUGGAAAUUGGUCUUACAAAUGGGUUUAUCAGUUAUGAAAUGAGAUUGGGGUCUAAUUAUGAAAAUAUAUAAAUGUAUUAUGAAAAUAUGGGAGGAGUUAAAGAAUGAUAUUAAAUAUUUGAUAUUAUGGUUGGACAAAAAUAUAUAGUAGAUUACAAAAGCUUAUAGAACGCUAUAGAACAUAUUGAAACUAAAAGGGAAUGUACUACUGAGUAUUGAUGAGAUUUAUGAUAUAUUAUGGAUAUAUGAUAUAUGGAGCUGCAAACAAUUCAAAUUUAGAGAAAUUAAACAAAAAAAUGCAAUACAAAGUUUACACUAAGUGUGAGGGCAAUAAAAACUACUCCAAUUAAUGCACUAUUGGUAGAAAAUAAUGAAAUACCAAUAGAUUUAAUUUGAACCAACUUACUUUGACCAUUUUGGUUAUGACUGCAAGGUUAGACAAGAAAAUCUUGAUGUAACUCCUGGGAAUUUUGAAAAAUAUAUAAAAAGGAUUUAGAAGAAUGGGCGAACAAUAAGCUGUCUAAAAAUCUUUUAAACAUAAAAAUAAGUUAUACAAUACAUCGACAAAUAGUGCAUUGCCAAAAGAUUUGGUUUACAGAUAAUAAAGGUAGAGUAUAUGUUACUACAAUAUUCAAAAAUCAAAGACAAAACAUUUAGAAAUAGAAACAGAAGAGAAGAAAACAUUUGUGCAAAGAGGUUAUUAGGGCACACAAGUCAAAACAACACAUUUCUCAUGAAUAAUAUAGAAACUUUAAUUUUCCAUAAAGCUGCUUUGCAAUGAUUUGUAUCCUUAAAAGCGUUAUCCAAAUAAAUUCCAAUUAAAAAUUGAACUGAUAAGUAAAAUACAGAUAUAUGUAAAUAUAAAGAAAAUGCAGAGCACGUACUAAAAUCAGGAAAUAAUCAAUUAUAAGGGCAUUAAUUAGGCUACAUUUUUAUAUGAUACCGGUCUUGUUAGGAAACUACAAGUCGAGAUCAAUGAAGAAAUGAUUUGACACACUCCAAUAUCAUAGGUGGCGGUAUGCAGCUUUUACGACAUUCUGCAACCAUGGUUGCCAAGUCCGCGUUUUUUCCACGGUAGUGGGCUACAUUUAAACUAUUGCCGUGGGCUGAUUAGGCUAUCCCCCGUGGGUUAAAGGGUUGAAAUAUUGCAGAAGUUACAUUAGUAAUGAUAUGUUUGUAUUUAAACAUUUUGCAUUCUACUGCGUUAGAUGUUAAGUUUUGUCACUGGUAGGAAGCCUUUGAGCUGUGUUUAUGAUCAAAGUGCAUAACAGAGACUGUAAAAUAUGUAGUUUAGGUAUGGAAAUUACAUAUUUUGAGUUUUGAUAUUUGGGAUAUGGUCAUAGCACUACUUUAGGCUGUUUCUCACUUGCCCUCGGGCUAGUUUUGUGCCGCAGACCUGGCAACCCUGUCUGUAACCCGCCAAAAAACUAAAAGAAGAAGAAGUUUCGCGGGAAUAAUAAAAGGUGCAUUUGUUUUUAACUUGAGCUUAGAAUUGAAUAGAAUCUUUAGCUGAAGAAAAUGUCCAGCACCGCGGUGGAACUGACAAAUGGGCAUUGCACUGAGGCAGAAAACAAGACAGAAGAUGCAAGUGGAAGAAAAAAGGACUUCUCUCUGUUUUGUGACGAGCGCGGUUAUUUGAAUCUGGUCGAGUUCAUCCUGCAGAACGGCGUGAGGAAAGGCGACCGAACCGGGACGGGGGUGAUUUCUGUGUUUGGGGCACAGGCGAGAUACAGUCUCAGAGACCAGUUUCCUUUGCUGACGACCAAAAGGGUUUUCUGGAAAGGCAUAUUGGAGGAGCUGCUGUGGUUUAUCAAGGGUUCAACCAAUGCCAAAGAGCUGUCAGAGAAGGGAGUGAGAAUCUGGGAUGCUAACGGCUCCAGGGAUUUUCUGGAUAAGAAUGGUUUUACUGAUCGGGAGGAAGGAGAUCUGGGUCCGGUGUAUGGAUUUCAGUGGAGACACUUUGGAGCUGAAUACAAAGACAUGCACACUGAUUACUCUGGGCAAGGUGUUGACCAGUUACAGAAAGUGAUCAACACCAUCAAGUCAAACCCAGAAGACCGGAGGAUCAUCAUGUGCGCUUGGAAUCCCAAAGAUCUCCCUCUGAUGGCGUUGCCCCCGUGCCAUGCGUUGUGUCAGUUUUACGUGUCAGACGGUGAGCUGUCGUGUCAGCUGUACCAGCGCUCUGGUGAUAUCGGUCUGGGUGUGCCAUUCAACAUCGCCAGCUACGCACUACUGACCUACAUGAUCGCCCACAUCACUGGACUCAAGCCUGGGGAUUUUGUGCACACAUUAGGUGAUGCCCACAUCUACACCAAUCACAUCGAGCCGUUGAAAGAGCAGAUUCAGCGAGAGCCACGUCCAUUCCCCAAACUCAGGAUCAAACGCAAAGUUGAACGAAUCAAUGAUUUCCAAGCAGAGGAUUUUGAGAUCUACGACUAUAAUCCCCAUCCUGUCAUCAAAAUGCAAAUGGCUGUUUAGACCUUAUAAACAUUUAAAAAAAAUAAAUAAAUACUUUUUUAGAAUUUAAAAAAAUUAAUGUGACCUUUUGUACAUAUAUUAAUAGGAGUCGUCUUGAUGUUCAUUAAAAUAACAUGUAUUCUCCGUUA